AUGGCUGAUAGAGUUCACCCAAACGCCUCUCCACUCUCAAACGGCUCCCCAACGCCGUCGUCUGAGAAAACACCGGCGUCAGUUCCACCCGCUCCCAAAGCAGCUCCAUCCGCUACCAAAGCACCUCCACCGGCUGGGACCUAUGUCAUCCAGGUUCAAAAGGAUCAGGUCUACCGCUACCCUCCGCCAGAGAAUGCCCGUCGUUUUGAUAACUACACUCGCCGGAAAAGCAGUAGAUGCCGCUGCUGUCGUUGUUUCUGUUGGUUCAUCGGUGUUAUUUUAACUCUAGCCGUCCUCCUCGCCAUCGGCGCCGGUGUUUUCUACUUGGUGAUCCGUCCGGAAGCGCCUAAGUAUUCAAUCAACCGCGUAUCUGUCCAGGGAAUGAACCUCACCACGCGGUCUCCGAUCUCGCCGGAGUUUGACGUUUCUGUUAAUGCUGAUAACGGUAACCGUAAGAUCGGAAUCUACUACAACAAGGAUAGCACUGUUGAAUUGUUUUACAGAGGCGUUAAACUCUGUAACGGCGCGUUACCGGCGUUUUAUCAGCCGUCUAAUAAUGUAACGGUGUUUGAGACGGUAUUGAAAGGAAACAACGUAGAGGUGGCGGGAUCGGAUCGGAAUGCGUUACUGAAUGCUGUUAAGAAGCAGAGUGUGCCGUUGACGUUGAAGCUGAGGGUGCCGGUGAAAUUCAAAGCGGGAUCUGUUAAGACGUGGGCGUUCCACGUUAAGGUUCAGUGUGUUGUGACGGUGGAUCGGUUAACGGCGAAAGCGAAGAUUGUUAGCAGAGAUUGCAGUUACGGAUUGGAUCUAUGGAACUGGUGA